AUGAUCCCCACAAUUGAGCAUUUACCUUCACAUUCUUGUGCACCACUACCGCCUGCUGAGAUGAUGAUGCACGAUGAUAAAUCAACCUUGCCGAAUGGUGCUACCGAAUGUGCUGAUGGGCCGCCACCACCACCACCACCACUAUCUCAUAUACAUAAACGCAGCUGGAUGGAGCGUUGGCAAACGAUCAAGCCAUACUUUUUACCAAUGAUACAGGCUUUCUUUAUUCAAUUUAUUACUGGUGUCAAUGAUAGCCAAUUGGGCAUCAUGCUACCAAGCAUCAAAGCGCAUUAUGGAUUAUCUCAAUACGUCGUCUCUAUCAUCUUUCUAUGCAACACGUGUGGUUACAUGAUGGCUGCUGUAUCCAAUGGAUUCUUGAUAAAGUAUCUUUCUCAAGCUAAAACGGCCUUAAUUGGAUCGAUCUCCAUGGUGCUUGGUUUCCUUGUCAUCCUUUUUGCGUUGCCAUUCCCCGUCAUGUGCGUGUUUAUGGUUGCUGUUGGAUUUGGCGUUGCUCUUACACAAGCUAGUUCUAAUGUUGUAUGUGGUGAGAUGCCACACAACACGCUCAUGCUCAGCUUUUUGCAUGCAUUCUAUGGUGCGGGUGGCCUUAUCGGUCCUCUUCUUGCUUCCGCCAUUCUUGCCCAAGGUCAGCCAUGGAACACAUCAUACAAGGUCAUGUGUGGAUUCGCUGGCUUCAACACGUUGUCAAUCCUGAUUUGUUAUCGCAAGCUACGUAUCCGAUCAGAGCGCGAAGCCGAUGCCGCUUUAGCCGAGAAGCAGCUGCAGAAUGAGAGCAACAAUGAUCACGACAGCAUUGGCAGCCCUUGUCCAACCGUUGUAUCGUCAACCGAGGAUGAUAUCGAGUCAUUGGAUGGCAAAGCAAAAGAACCCAACUUGUUGUCGCAGGUGCUCAACUAUCGCAUAUGCUACGUGGGAUGUGCUUUUCUACUAUUCUACACCGGCACCGAAGUUACUAUUGGCAAUUGGGGAUACACGUUUCUUAUCACAGCACGCAGCUCGGACACAGUAGCUAUGGCACACGUCAUGUCAGGGUAUUGGGCUGGUAUUUGUGCAGGACGCUUGUUCCUUGGAUUCGUCACAUCAAGAUUUGGAGAAAAGCGUAUGGUGUACGUCUAUCUUACUAUCAUCGUUGCCAUGCUGAUCUUACUAUGGUUGAUCCCUUACAUUGGAGCAAAUGCAACAGCACUCGUGGUAACGGGAUUCACGCUUGGACCAAUCUUCCCUACGACAGUCUCAGUUGCCCAUCAAAUCAUGCCUACCAAGCUAUAUGCUACAGCAGUGGGUUUCCUAUCAGCCUUUGCAAGUGCAGGGACAGCGGUCUUCCCAUACGCUACCGGUGUACUCAUCGGCUCACAGGGUGUGCAGGCCAUGCUACCAUUUUGUGUGGCGACAUCAUCAUGUAUGUGGCUAUUAUGGUUGUUCAUGCCGGAUCCACGUCGUGGAAGCUUCAUUCGCCCACUCUUCACAAGAUUGCGACGUCAAACAUAG